GAUUUUUCUCAACGUGGCCAAUACAUUGACAAAAUAUAUUUAUUUAUAUGGCACCUAAAUUGCUGUACAGAGGCACAUCUGCAUGGAAAGUGAUCACAAAUCAGAGAGAAAACAACCACCACAAAUUGUGAGCUCUGUUGCUCAGGAACCUAGAAAAUAAUUAUUAGAAGUAUUAAAGCAGCCAGAGUAAUGCAACCUAAUGUUGUAUAAUUGUAAGCAAAGUGUUUAAUUUUCUACGAAAAUCAUGAAAUUGGUAAAUCUAAGUGUUUUGCUUAAAAAAUAAUUACAUAAAAGGAGAGGGAUAACAAUUUUAUAACUCGAAAACAGCCAGGGGAGUCUAACUGAGCUGCAUUUAUUCUUCUGCCAUGGAGUGAGUGCAUGGCCAGUGCUGGAAGCUGAAAAGGAAAGCUGGAGAUGCAUUGAGCGAUGGAUUGCAGGUUAUCCAUGAAUCCCCAUUUGCACCUGCAUUUUCCACAGCACUCAUACCAUCUCCAUUCAGCACGAAAGCACCACACACGCAGGCAGGCAGAAGGGACUGUGAUUUUCACAGCAAGGUGCUCAUUCUGCAAAGCCUGAUGAUGUCCAGGAUUGGGAUAACCUGGGAGCACAUGGAGUGCACCAAGGCUUGGGAGCAGGGGGGCAGGUUUCAGUUCAAUGCCGACAAACCCCAUGAAUUUUUGUGUACAGUGUAGGAGUAACUGAUGCUCUGAGAGCAUCCGCAAAGCCCCUGAGAAAACAGGAUGGCAAAUAGGUGUUUCUGGAGAAUAAUUCUACCCCAUGACGGGAGGCUGUAUUGAGUUGGGUGGGGGCCGGUCUCUUCUUCCGUGCCUGCAGUGAGAGGAAAAGAAUAAAUGGCCUUGAGCUAAGAGAGGAGAGAUUCAGAACAGAUAGUAGAAACAUUUUUUUCACUGUUAUAAUGGUCAGACAUCGCAACAGGCUGCCCAGGGAGAUGGUGGAGUCACCAGUUCAUGAAGUGCCUGGAUCUGGCACUGGGCGGGGUGGUUUAGAGGUUUAAGGGUUACAGGGGCAGUGCUAGCUGGACGCUUGAACCGGAUGAUCUUGAAGGUCUCUUCCAACAUUGGUGAUUCUGUGAAUGACGGCGGCGAGGCUGCUGUGUCCCGGUUUCGGGGGUGAAAGGCAGCACUCCGUGAUUCCGGCUCCGUCCGAGGGCACAGGCCGGGCAGCGCCGCGGCCGCGUCCCGUCAGCACCGGGGCCGCUCGGCGGCGGCUGCGCGCGCCUCUCCCCUUCCUCCUGCUGCUCCCUCCUCCGCCUGCCCCCGACAGGGAUGGAGGCCAUCGAGGAGCUGGCGGUCCAGCCCUGCACCUCCUCCCUCUACCUGCGGCCUUUCCGCCUCUCUUACCGGCAGAAUGGCACUAAGAAGUUCUGGGAUUUUAUGAGGACACAUGACAGUGUGUCAAUCCUGAUCUUUAAUACUUCUCGGCAGUGCUUUGUUGUGGUGAAGCAGUUCCGCCCAGCUGUUUACAUGUGUGAAGUAGAAAGGCAUCAUCCUCAAGUCUUCCAGAAUCAGGACAAGGAGAGCUUUCCUUCCCUGGAGAAUCCCUUACCUGCUGCAGUUGGAGUGACCUAUGAACUCUGUGCUGGCAUUGUGGACAAGCCAGGCCUUUCUUUAGAAGAAAUUGCUUGUGAGGAAGUCUUGGAAGAGUGUGGCUAUCGUGUUUCCAUUGCAGACCUCAGGAGGAUCACUUCUUACAGGUCUGGAGUUGGUGUCACGGGUUCUAGGCAGACACUGUUUUAUGCAGAAGUAAAUGACCAGAUGAGAACCAGUGGAGGAGGUGGCCAGCCUGAAGAAGGAGAGCUGAUUGAAGUUGUGGAAAUACCUUUAGAAGAGUCCAUGAAGUUUGCUUACGAUGAGACUUUCCCGAAGACAAUGGGUGUCAUCUUCAGCUUCAUGUGGUUCCACAGCAACAUAGCACCUAAGCUACCCAAAAAGUAAAGCACCAUGAUUUUAAGGAAAACUUUUCUGCUGCUUUCUGCAGAAAACUGCAAAUCUGCCUGCCUCAAUCAACUCAACUGCUCACAAGACAAAUCUUUCUUUAAAUAAAUUUGGAAGUGAAAUUUGAAUUUAAAUCAUCACACAAUUUCCGUUAUUAGCAAAAUACAUACUGGCAUCGCUGGGGAGGACUUGGAGAGGCAAAUGUCGAUUUUUGUGCAAAGUUAAAGUGAAUGUGUCCAGUUCUUCUUUUUGGCAGCACUGUUUUGAAGAGCUGCCCAAGCCCUCAGCACAGCUGCCUCAGGAGCCUCUCACGUCUGUACAUACUGACAACUGUGUAUUCAUUGUCAGUUUUAAUAUUUUUUUUUAAGAAAGCAGCAAACCUUAAUAGUCACAGGUACCUUAACAAUGUUCCUGAGUUCAACACAACUUUCAGGGAGCAGCUUUCUCUGUGGUGUGUGGCUGCUGUGCAGAGGAGGCGUUUGCAUUUCUGAACAUGCAAACCUUUAUUUCAUAAGCAAACAUGUCUGUAAAUCCUUCUGCUUUCAUGUCACUUUGACAAUGGAGCAGCUGUAAGAUUAUGUGCUCCUGAUUGUUCCCAUCACAAUGCUGGGCAGCAGUGAUGGUGAUGGAGGGGUGAAGGAUGGGGGCUUCUGCUGGAACACAUGCUUCUUUGUUUGCUUUAUGGGCAAUACUUGAUAAAUUAGAUCAAACUUUGUCCUCUAGAGUGGGACCAGAGAGGCCGAAUUCUGUUGAUUUGACUAUGAGGUGAUUAACACAAAUGAUUUCUCUGAGGUUUUCUGUGGUCUCAGUUUCCUUAUCACCAAAUGGGAGGAAUGGGACUUACCCCUCAGAUAACACUUCUUGGAAUCUAAUGAUUGGAAGUGCUUUAUUGUGAUUUUAUCAUGAUUUGUGCAGUUCUACGUGGAAGCCUGUGCAACCUGCACGGACGUACUGAGGAGCACAAUUUGAUUUAAUGAAGUGGUCCAAUUAGAACGUAUAGUACUUGUUCUAUCAGCAUGGUUUGCACGUGGUCUGUUUGUCAUGUGAAACUGUUAAGAGCAUGAAUGAAAGAGAAUCAAGUCUGGCAAUUCAAUUAUGCACUGAGUUAUGUCAUUCACUGACUUAAUCAACAUGCCCACAUUAUAUGUGUCUCUAGGAAUACUGAGGUGCUAAGUGUGUUUAGAAGAGGACUGCAAAUAUGCAAACUGGAAUUUAACAGCUGAAAUAAUGUCUAAUCGUGUCCAGUGGCAGAUUUUAAAUAACUGCAUAUCUCAAUUGGUGUAUAAAUAAAAAAGGGGUUUAAAAAAAAAAAAAAAGCUUUUAGAAUUGCUGCUUGCUGUUUCUCCUCCUGAUAGGGAGGAAAGGUCCUUGGAAAGUGACUGAAGAAGGAGCAGCCUCUGUCUCUGGAGUCAAACUUUUUGUGAGAGUUCAGACACAGCUGUGUUGAGCUGGGCCUGGUCCAUGGUGAGUCAAGGGCUGAGUUAUUGUGAGAAGCAAAUAAAUUCUGUCUGUCUGGUGUAUUUACAUUGGAAGGUGUUUCAAGGUGGGGUCUCCACUGCUCUGUCUAGUACAGUGUGUCCUGACUGCUGCUGAGGCCUUUAUGGACUACUACAGUCCACAGAAUGAAUAAUGCCUUUUAUUGCAGACUGUAGUGACCAAAGUUUCUAUUAGAUGCCAUCAGAAUUACUGGUCACACAGCAGCUUGUUAUGUGGUUAGUGUCAAGCUAAUAAAUGAUACAUGUCAAAAGCCUUUUUUUCUGUAUAGUGCAGAAAUUGGGGAAAAUAAAAUACUUCGGCCCCUCCAAGGCACUGGGACUGUGCCUCUUAACGAACCAAACCUCCCAGGGGCAGUGCCAGGCUUGCCAAAACCUGUCCCCAGCUCCUGCUGCUGGUCAGCAGGAGUCUGUUCCCCAUCGCUCACCAGCGUGGGGGGCUUGCAGGAGGUGUCUGCUGUGGCCAUGCAGGGUGACACCGAGGAGCCACCACCACCAGAGCAGCAGCACAGGCUGCCCAGGGCUGGGCUGACAGCUGGAGGUGUGGGAAGAGGGGGACUGGCAGCGUGGAGGGAGUGUGGGGAGGGAAGCCACAGGGGUGGCAGGGUGGCAUCAGUGCUCUGCUUGCUCCGAGGUGACCUCACCAACACAACCCACAGGCUUCAGAGUGUUUUCAGGCAGUUGAUACUGUGGAUAAUGGUGAUGGAGGGCAGUGGUGUGAGCUGGGCAUUCCUUCAGCACUCCUCCAUGGUGCAGGCAUCCAGACAAGCCUCCUCCCUGCUGGGCACACACCUACAAACUCCUGGGGCACUGCAGUGGUUCUGAAGCCUUUACACCCCAAGGGAUUCUGGACUCCAAUCCUCUGCUCUGCUUCACCAUCCCCGCAAUGUGCAAUUCUCAAACACACAAAACAGUGACAGGAUUACUUUAAUUUUCUUCCAUAGUCUGGGAAUUUUCCACAGAAACAGCAGUAUACUGAAGGCUGUGCAUAAAGCAAUGGGGGAUCUGGAGUUUGAAUCUGCAAUAUUGAAUAUAAACAUGUCUUCAACCUCUUACUUCUUCCAUGUUAAUUUUGGUGGGAGUUUUUAUAAGCAGUUAUGAAGGUUUGAAAAUGUGGGUCAAAGGGCUUGACCUUGUUGGGUUUUUUUUUCCCAACACAGUAGAUGAUUCAUAUUUAUAAAAAUAAAACCAGAGCAAUUCAGAUGUCACUUCACUCAUCAGGGCUCAUUUCAAAGAUCCUAAUUAGAGGAAAUUCAAUAUACAUUGGCCAAGACAGGCAGGGAAAAAAUAUUUCUAAUGGAAUCUCACAAUCACAUCUGCAUUUUAGAUGCAUCCUUUGGAUGUGCCACCACACAUAUAUCCAUGGAGGGUGGACAGUUAGCAUGAAGCAGGAUCCCCAUUUGCUGCUAAUGAAUGCUGGCUCCAGCCUGCAGAGCUCUGAUCUGAUCUCAUCCCACCACCCCCAUGAGAUCAGCAUCUUUUAUUGAGCACAACUGAGCGGUCCACAUUUAUAACACAAGUCUUAGAAUCUCUGCCAUCUUUACAAUGUGACUUGGAGAUGUAGGAAUAAUCUAAUGAACCUGAAGUUAUGACUCAGACUUCUGGUGAAGCCUGGAAUGACAGAAUCUUCAAUGCAGCGUCGCUGUCGGGCUCACUGUUGGGUGGCACAAGAGAAGGCAUCAGCACCUUGCAAGUCUCGGACCUCGUCUGUAUCUGCUCUUUGUCACCCUAUUUGUAAAGUGGCUGCACGUCCUGAACUGCUCCCAGCUCUCAGGAGCAGGGAUAUGAUUAAAACGCCUUCUGUAAAGGGCUGUCACUGUAAAUCAGGGAGCUGAAUUGCCCGCGGGGCUGGCGGAGUGCGGGAUUUCCUGGGCGCAGGGAUGCUCCCGCUGGAAGCGCUCCCCACAGGCACCCACUGCCUUUCCCCUCCCUCACUGCCAUCCCUCCCCAGCCAUAAAAGCGGCGCUCCCGACUCCCUGCAGGGCCAGGGCCGGGGCCAGGCCAAGGGCAACCGAGAUAAUUGCUCCUGAAAUACACGUGCCGACCGCGCAGGGCGACCCGCUGGACAAAUAGGAUUUUUGCUAAAUUAGGACAAUUGCCGAGCACGCUCCAUCCCCUGGUCGGGGCUCUAUACAUAGAUGAAAGGCACACCCAGUUGUGCAAUCUGUUGCAAUGGCACACCUGGUGCUGUCUGCAAGUCUAUUCACAACCGUCAGCAGGUGCGACGUGGCCUUUGUGGCCAUAAAAGUCUGUCUGUGCCGCCCCUGCUGUGCUCCCCGCGCUCUGGGCAGGGGAGGCUGUCACAGAUUAAUGCGGUUGUUUGAAGCUGUUGGGAGCCACGGCCUGGAGCUUGUAGAGGCUUCAGGGGGAUCAGAGUGAGGCCUGUGCACGCAGGAUGGAUUUGCAGCUUCUGUCUUGGUGGCUGUGCCGGUGUGGAGGUGACAGGCAGGGCAGUGCUGCUGACUGAGCAGGGACAGGGGACAAGAGCAACAAGGUUGAGUGGGAGGUGUCCCUGCCCAUGGCAGGGGGCUUGGAAUGAGGUUGUCAUCAUCAGUCAUCAUCAGUGAUUAUAUGAUACAGCAGGUUCCUGUCUCUGCAGCCCCAGGGAUGCUGCCCGAUCACUCUGCCAUCAGGUACCAAUGAUUUGCAAUAGAGCCCCUGUUUGGGCUCAGCCUCUCCGAAAAGGGUUUGCUUGCUUUGCUUUGGGAGCUCCAAGACCUCAGCCUCAAUCCAGACUUGACUUCCAUUUAAGGAAGGAAUGCCAUGGACUUUGAAGUAGGUUUUCAUCAGGAGUUUUCAUUCCCACUGGGUCAUGCAGGAUUUUGCUUGAUACGAACGAAAAAAAGGGAUGCUCAAAUCCCACCCUGCUGCAAAAGGUACUUCUCAAUUUGUCUAAUCCUUCAGAGCCACUCUCACAUUUUAAUUGGCAAUGCAUUUUUACAAGGACUUAAAUGCUCCUGAGAUGAAUCAUGAGGGAAGAGAGGAAGAAUUCAUAGCAGUUAAAUGGCCCAGAUUUGUGGUGCUUGGAGCUCUCUGGUCUGCCUCAGGACUGGCUUUGGUGCAUUUCUCGUAAUUGGAAAUACAAUCAGAUACAUAUUAAACCCUGCCAACCACGCACUGUAUUGCUCUGCUGCUGAAGUGCUCAAUAUCCUGUACUGGCUUCAGUCUCUAAUAAAACAUUCAAAAGCA